GUCGUAUCGAGGCUCGGUCGCGAUCGAUCUCAUCGCGAUUUUCAACUGCAUCGCGCGCGAACAAAUAAUAAAAAAAAACAAAAGCAAAUGUCAUUGUCAGGCUGGACAGGCUCGAAUCUGCGUACUGCGCUGCAACGUCAGUUGUUCCGUCCCCGGCGACAAGUGCAACAGCAGCAGCAGCAGCAGCAGCAGAAGGUCGUUGCGCGUCAAUUACUCUGCAACGCAGCCGAGCACGUAAUAAUUCGCCGAGCAGCGACUAGUAGUGGCAGUAGUUUUAGUGCCGCUCGCGAGAUCGACGUGAAAAUGACAGACACCGACGGUGACAAUGUCCUGGCCGAGGCUCUCAGGGAUCAGGGACUGCAAUACGUAUUCGGCAUCAUGGGCCAUCCGGUGAUCGAGCUGUCGCUGGCCCUGCAAGCCGCUGGUUUGCGCUACCUCGGCUUUCGCAACGAACAGGCCGCUUGUUACGCCGCUCAAGCCUAUGGCUACCUUACCAGAAAACCUGCAGCUGUGUUGUGCGUAUCGGGACCAGGAGUACUUCACGCGAUCGGGGGCAUGGCCAACGCUCAAGUCAAUUGCUGGCCAGUUUUGGUCUUGGGUGGCUCCUGUCCCCAAGACCACGAGGGCAUCGGAGGCUUUCAGGAAUGGUCGCAAGUCGAAGCGGCCCGACCCUACUGCAAAUACUCGGCGCGACCGCCCUCGGCUGCUCUCAUACCCUUGCACGUCGAGAAAGCCGUGAGACUCGCUACUUAUGGCAGACCAGGUGCGGCUUACUUGGAUUUGCCGGCGACUUUGUUGAAGCAGAAAGUGGACUCGUCCAGGGUGGUCCGAGUGAAGCCCGUGCCGGAGCCACCCCUCGCCUAUCCGGACGCGAGCCUCAUCGAGCAAGCCGCCGAUCUCAUCCGGAACGCCGAGAAGCCGCUGCUGAUCGUCGGCAAGGGGGCGGCUUACGCUCGGGCCGAGUCGGCGGUUCGCGAGCUCGUCUCCGACACCGGCAUCCCCUUUCUGCCGACGCCCAUGGGCAAGGGCGUCGUGCCCGACACCGACGUCAACUGCGUCGCGAGCGCCAGAUCCUCGGCGCUGCUGCAGAGCGACGUCGUCGUGCUGCUCGGGGCCCGGCUCAACUGGAUGCUGCACUUCGGCAAACCGCCCAGGUACAGGCCCGACGUCAAGUUCGUCCAGGUGGAUCUCUGCGCCGAGGAGCUGCACAACUCCGUUCAGGCCAGCGUGGCCAUACAAGCCGACGUUGGCCCGGCUGCCCGACUUCUCGCCAAGGCUUUGAGAGACAGGCGUUUCAAGCUUUCCAAAAAUCAUGCUUGGUGGAACGAACUCAACGCAAAAGGAAAUAAAAAUAAACAAAUACUAAACGAAAUGAGCAAAGAUGUCAGUGAGCCACUGAAUUAUUAUGCAGUGUUCAAAACCAUACAAGACUUCAUUCCAGACAAUUGUUUGAUUUGUUCUGAAGGAGCAAACACAAUGGACAUUGGUAGAACAAUGCUGCUGAAUAAUCUUCCCAGGCAUAGAUUGGACGCUGGUACCUUUGGUACUAUGGGAGUAGGAUUAGGCUACUCAAUAGCUGCUGCGCUUUAUUGCAAAGAUAAUCAUCCAGAAAAAAGAGUAUUAUGUGUAGAAGGCGACAGCGCAUUUGGAUUUUCAGGCAUGGAAUUGGAAACUAUGUUCAGAUAUAACUUACCAAUAAUUCUCAUAGUUGUUAACAAUAAUGGCAUUUACGGUGGAUUUGAUAUUGAAACUUACAAUACCAUUAGAUCAGCUGGCGAUGCAUCAGAUGUAACACCGCCUAAUACUCUUACACCAAAUUCCCAAUAUGAUAAAAUGAUGGAGAUGUUUGGCAAAAGAGGACACUUUUGUAAAACUAUUGAAGAUAUUAAGACUGCUUUGAAAGCUAGCUUUAAGGUUCAAGAUGGUCCUUCAUUAAUAAAUAUUAUGAUUAAUCCACAAGCAGAUCGCAAAGAACAAGCUUUUAGUUGGUUAACAGAAUCCAAACUGUGAUAUAAUAAAAAAAUAAAUUUUAUUUCUUAUGGUGCCACGGAUGAAUACAUUUUUAUAAAGGUUUUAUAGUUAUCACUUUUUUGUAAAGUUUGUUUAUACAAAAUAUAUAAAAAAAAUAAAAAAAAUAAGCUACAAGGUUUAUAUCAAUUUCUUUCA